UUGCGAAUUUUAUUAUCUAUAUAUUUAUUAAUUAAUCUUUUCUUUCUCUUUAUUUUUUUAAAAUAUAUUUUGUCAAUUUUUUUUUAUUUUCUUAAAUCAAAAACCAACCAAUCGCCCACCACUUAUGUUUGUAUCGGCUGCUCACAACUACACACACACGCCUCUUUUUUUCCUUCAUAUAUAAAUUUUUUUUAAAUUUCUCUCCUUUUUUCAUUUCUUGUUUCUUUUUAUUCGCUCUAUCAACAUUUAUAUAUAUUUUUUAAUUGUUUAAAAUUUUUAUAUAUCUUUUAGUCUAUCUAAGUAUUUUUUUUAAUUUUAUUUUUUAAUAGAUUGAAAAUUUAAUUUUUGAUUUUUGUGUUGUUUUGUUGAAUUCUUUUUCCAUUUUAUAUUUAUUUAUUUUUUUUUCGCAAUUUUAGUGUAUUUUUGAAUUUUUUAAUUUGCAACAAAAAUAGGUAUUUUUUAAUAGGUUGGAGAGAGUGAAGGGAGAGUGGAUAUUUUUUUGUAAUGAACUGUUGUUGGGACUUUAAAAUUUAAAAAUUAAAAAGGAAAAUUUAAAUUAUGAUUUUAAAUAUUAAAAAAGAUUGUGAGUGUGUAGAAAAAGUGGAUUUCGAAAAAAAUAUUUUUUUGGUUAAUUUAUAUAAAAUAUUAUAUUUUUUUAUUUUUAUCAUCAAUCUUCUUCUUUUUUUACCCUAUCACCUCUCCCCCUCCUUCACCUCCUCCCCUUCUCCUUUUUCAUUUUUCUUCUUUUUACCUUAUUAAACCAAUGAAAAAAAGGGACGAAAAAGUUAAGAGAUUGUUGCACACCCCUCUAAAAAAUUUCUUUUUUUUUCCUCCAAUAAAAAAAAUUUUUUUCUUCAUAUUUUUUGUAUACG